AUGCUACCAGCCGAAAUAGGAGCCGAGGUGGUGUCCCAUCUCCUGCAUCCUCUUUUCGAUGAUUUCUUUCUUAUUGCCCGCACCGAUGUGGACUGGGACACCCUGAAGUUCCUUGGCCCUCCUAGGGAUGCCUGGUCUGACUGGCUUGGCGCAACGAUUAGAACCUCGUUCUACAAGCUAGAGCCCGAUAUCAAGUCCCUUUGCAACCUACGACUAGUCUCUAGGUACUGGCUCACGACUGUCAAUGCUGCCUGGGAGAAGCAACUCUGGUGGGACGUGGAGGUUGGGUCUCGGGAGAAGCUGGAGAGAGUGGCCAGCGCAUGCUCCCCAAACGCCGAGCAUGUCCAUGCAUUCGCCGGUAGUCUCGUCAAGCGACUCAGGAUACCUUCGAUCGAGAAUGCACUGGCUUUUGAACGGAUCUUUACUUUCGAAUGGGGCGGACCAGAAGAAGAAAUAAUUGGAACGGCUGAUAUGCCAUUCCGACGAUUUGAACAUAAACCCUUUUUUUCGGAGAACCCUCUCAAGAACUCUGGGCAGAGGGAGCUUAUUGACCAAAUUUUCAGCCGCCUGGGCAAUAUCGAAGCCCUGAGCCUCUGUUUCCCCGACGCCGGGUCUGAUUAUGACAACGGCACGGAGGGCAAAGCAGCCUACUAUGAUAUGGAGGUGAUCGAUUCGUGCGUGGCCUUCUUCCAAAACACGCUGGCCAGUCCUUCAUUCCAGUUCCUCGCGGACCUGACGCUGGAUCUGCCGUGCACAUACCACGUGGGAGAGUUCGCCAAGGGCCUGGACCAGCAGGCCCUCGAACGGCUGCUGCACCUGAAGAUUGGCAUCAAGGACUGUACUGGGGACGUCGGCUGCCGAGACCAUCUCCAGAUACGUGAAAUCGGUGAUUUUUACGAGCGUGAUGGGGACAUUCAGCGGCCGAAUACAUUUCCUUUCAGCAAUGUCCAAAGACAGUUCCCCAACCAAGGCUGCCAGGAUGCCAUGUGGGAUUUUGUCGCAUCCUGUCCCAAUCUCUUGUCUCUCUGUAUCGUGGCAACUCAGUUCCUGGAUUUGGACAAAUUGGAUUGGAAAAAAUCACGCAGUUCCCGUGGCUUGCAGGUCCUAUCCCUGGACCGUGUCUGGGUCAGUGUUACCUCGGUCAAGUCGCUCCUACAACCACAUUCGACAUCGAGUGCCCCUCCUGCGCUUCGACGUAUCAACCUUCACGAGGUCAAGAUGCAUACCGAGGGGGGUAACUGGGAGGAUCUGUUCGUUCAUGUCAGAGAAAACUACCCGAAUCUUGAAUGCAGCAGGAUGUACCAGCUGACUUACUUUAAUGACCACCCUCGGUACGAGGACAACGAGGCUCCCCAUGAGAAUGUCAAUGACGUAUGGUUGACUGAGGAGACAGACUUCGAAGGGCUAUAUGCUCUUGGUCAGAUGUUGGCUGGAAAGGUUGGUGGUAAGGAAUUUUAUCCAGAAGCGUGUGCCGUCAAUUUGGAGUAG